AUGACUUGGAAUCAUUGGGGUCACUUCAAUUCAUCCAUCUGGAACACAAAGAACCAUACACGCUUCUUCAAUAUUUGCCAUUGGACGAGGAUAAUCAUGUGGCUGCACCCGUAUAAUGUGAUCAUCAAUAUGUGUGAAAUUUUCUCUUCUUCUGCUAUCAGUGUCAGUGCAGAACACGUGUUUUCCUUUGCCAGGAUACAUUUAAAUAAUCCAAAGAGACAACGCAUGAAAAAUUCAACGGCUAUUCAACUC